AUGACGGGCAAAAUAUACAUCCACCUAGUGCGUCACGCGCAGGGGUUCCACAACCUGACUGAGAUCAACCAGCAGAUCCCGGACCCGGACCUGACGGCGCUGGGCAAGGAGCAGUGCGCGGCGCUGCGGGCCGGGUUUCCCUACCAAGACAAGAUCACGCACCUGGUGGCGUCGCCGAUGCGGCGCACGCUGUACACGUGCCUGCUGUCGUUCGCGCCGGCGGUGCAGGCGGGACGGGUAGUGACAGCACUCCCCGAGAUCCAGGAGGUGUCCAACCUGCCGUGCGACCUGGGCACGGCGCCGAAGCGGCUCGCGGCUGAGUUCGACGACGACGCCGCGCGCGUCGACCUGCGGCUGCUGACGCUGACGUGGGCCGACAAGUCGCCCGGAUCCCCCUGGUACCCCGACGCGGCCAAGCUCGAGGCCCGCGCGCGCACCGCCCGGCGCUGGCUCCGCGACCUCGGCACCAAGUUCCUCGAGGAGAAUUCCGGCGCCGACGUGGACGCGCACAUUGUCGCCGUCACGCACGGCGGCUUCCUGCACUUUCUGUCCGACGACUUUGAGGACAUUGUCUUGGAUGUCGGCACGGGGUGGAACAACGCCGAGUGCCGCACCUACGAGCUCAAAGACCCGACCGGACAGGACCCGGACGCCCAGCUCUCCGAGACUGACGCCUCUCGGAACAGGAGGAAGGACAGGCGGACGGGCCUGGACGAGACGGAGAGGAGAGAGCUCCGCGUUGCCUACGGGGAUCUUAUCAAGAAGGAAUUCGGGACUCCGUCUGUAGAACUGGUAGAGAACGUUGCGUUUUAG